AGAGCGAGAGCAGAAGGAGCUGGGUGGCAGGAGUGAAGCAGGAGGUCUGCUGCUGAUUGAACAAAGCCAGGAAAGGAGUGCGCAGUCCUGGGGAGAGGAGCAGCUGUGAAAUGCCUGGAAGGGAGCCUGCCAGCGACUCCUGCAGAGACCUGAAGGUGUUGAGCUUCAGCUGAGAAUGGCAGGGGAUUCUAGAGUCCUCAUGGACCACAACAUGGAGAUAGGAGUCACGCCAGCACAGGUGAAGAAGCUUCCCAAACACCUGCGGGACGCGCAGAUCUCAACUGAGCGAACCCAUCUGAUUUCUGACCCAGCGAAGAAGCCACGUCAGCGAUACGUUCAGAAGGACGGCAAGUGCAACGUCCAUCACGGAAAUGUGCAAGAGACCUACCGUUACCUCAGUGACUUGUUCACCACACUGGUGGAUCUACGCUGGCGUCUAAGUCUCUUUAUUUUCACAUUGGUCUAUAUUGUCAACUGGCUUUUCUUUGGCUUUCUGUGGUGGUUGAUAGCGCUCAUCCGUGGCGAUCUGGUGCACGGCGACGAGGAGGGCUGGACGCCAUGCGUCGAGAACCUUAACAGUUUUGUCUCUGCCUUCCUCUUCUCCAUUGAAACAGAAACCACCAUCGGGUAUGGUUAUCGUGUGAUCACAGAAAAAUGCCCCGAAGGUAUCAUACUGCUUUUGGUGCAGGCCAUCUUGGGCUCCAUUGUUAAUGCCAUGAUGGUGGGCUGCAUGUUUGUCAAGAUCUCACAGCCAAAGAACCGCGCAGAGACCCUCAUGUUCUCACACAAAGCUGUUAUUUCGGUGCGAGACAACAAGAUGUGCCUGAUGUUUCGGGUGGGGGACCUGAGGAACUCUCACAUCGUCGAGGCAUCGAUCCGAGCGAAGCUGAUUCGCUCGCAGCAGACCAAGGAAGGGGAGUUCAUCCCGCUCAACCAGACUGACAUCAACAUCGGCUUUGACACGGGAGACGACCGGCUGUUCCUGGUGUCACCUCUCAUCAUCUCCCACGAAAUCAACGCGAGGAGUCCCUUCUGGGAGAUGUCGCUGGCGCAAAUGGAGAAAGAGGAGUUUGAGAUCGUGGUUAUCCUUGAGGGAAUGGUGGAGGCCACAGGGAUGACAUGUCAGGCCAGGAGCUCCUACCUGGACACAGAAGUGCUUUGGGGCUACCGUUUCACACCAGUUCUCUCGUUGGAGAAGGGCUUCUAUGAGGUAGACUACAACAACUUCCACGAAGUCUACGAGACCAACACUCCCGCCUGCAGCGCCAAGGAGCUAGCUGCUAAGUUCCGGGAGGAUCCGCUAUUGCCUCAGCUUUCACUCCUCAGCCCUGAACCUAAAACUCAUACUUUUGACCCCCUAAACCGCCUGUCUAAACAGGACCCACUCAGCCAGGACGAGGACAUGGAGGAGAGAGAUUCAGGGGGUGACAGAGGAGAGACCAAUGGCUUAGCUGCUGCUGUAGAGGAUCUGCCCCUCGCUGAUGGACUACCUGACUGAUUGGCCACUUCAGCUGAAAAUCCAGGAAAGACUUUGACAAGAGUACAGGAAAGUGUAAUACUUCAUUUAGCCUAUGGCCAGCUUGUUCCUUUGCAGUACUUGGAGAUACAAGACAUCCAUCUCCAGCCCCCGACUCAUGCAAUACUCCUAUACUAGGGUUUCAAUCUAUAGUAUAGAUUGGUUUUGUAGACAUGUGUGUACACAUACAGUACACAAACACACAUGUACAAUAUCUAUAUCUACACUUAAAGGUUGGUGGUUCAGGUUGUAUUUUUAUAAUCAUAAUGACCACUUACUGCUAUAACAGCUCAAUUUGUAUAACUUUAACUUGAGCCUCAGCUGGUAGCCAUGAUGAUGAGUACCAUGGGCUUAUUAUGGAUACUCCAAUAUUCUCAAUCUAGAGUGUGUUUAUUCACCUUCAUUUAAGCAGAGAAUAAGUCUCAUUACUCAACUAAUGUGUUUGACAGCAGCUUCUCUGUGCAAAUGGAAGUGUUGUUACUUUUCAUUUCCCCCAAAAAAUUUGGAGAAUGAUUAUUUCCUCUCUCUGUCUUGUUGUUAUUACUCUGUGUCUGAAACUCCCAUUCACCAAGGAGGAAAUGUACAAGGCCUCUAGUUUGCAUAUGCAACAGAAGAUGUAGGAAACUGAUCUAUAAAAGGCAACUUGUUCCGGGAACCACAACCCGUUUGUUUUCUUUGUUCAUAAUCGUUCUCAUCGUAAAAACUUGCUGUGUGUGUCUGAUUGUCUCCCCAACACACUGGGAGCCUUGACCUAAAAGAAGCCAGCUUGUACCUCAUUUUAUACUAAUUUUCAGGGUUUGAAAUGUACAAAAAAGGACUAGUUUAUAGUGGUAGUAGCUAUAUGCUGACUGACUAUUACAUGAACUCUUCUUGGCUGGUUGAAGAUUAAAUUCCCAUUCCUGCAGCAGGAACUAAAAGAUUAAUUCCAAGCCCUUUUUCUUGGUACGUAAAGCACAAUUUCCCAUGAAGUGACUCCAUGCUGACCUAACCACCCACCUAGCCACUGCUACCGGCUGAUGCAUGUCAGUCCUAGUUAAAAGUGACACACAUAUUUAUAUGAAAUAUUUACGCUCAACUGCUAUUUGAAAUGUUCUUGGUUUUUUUAACACCACACGUAUGAAUAUUUCAGACACUCCACAAGCAAAAUGAAAUGCUCCAUGUAUCCUUUUAAUGUUUGUUUUAUUUUUGUUUUAAAUAUUCAAAAGACAUUUGAAGCAUUUUUUUCUGGUGUGGCACAAAAGGUACCGAUGAUAGGAGCAGCAUUUCUUUCAUGAGUCUAGUAUCUGGCCAGCUCAACACCUUGCAGUAUUGGAUGGCAUUGUAAACAUUUUCUGUAACCUUCACCUUUGGCUCUAACCUCAUGAUUUGAAGUCUUCUUUUUCCACCCACACUUUGUUCAAUCUGCACUUUUGCCCCUUUCUUCCACAAACUGGCCUUGGGGUCUUUUCCUCAACAUAGUUUAUGGCCCAUCGUGACUCUACUGUUUGGACUCUUGUCCAUUGACGGCCAUACCCUACAGUAUUUUUUGACUUUUCUUGGAAAGGACACUUAGGAGCUUGCAUGCAUGAGUAAGUUUAAUACAGUAAGAAAUACAGGGUAUUUUUUAGGCAUGUAAAUUAUGAUAUUUUUACAAUAUAUUACCAGAUAAUGUAUGAAUUAUCAUUUGUUGAAAGAAAAAUUCCUACUAUUUAAAAGUCUCCCAUCCCCCAAUUGAAUUUUUUUUUUUUACAGAUGCUUGUCCAAUCAAUGUGUUUAUUUUCACAGCAUCUUACUAUGUAUUCAUUUCAUUUCAUUGCUAGAAU